AUGACAUCCACACAGAAGCUUCUUGGAUCAUCAAUUGUGCGAUAUAUUCUCACUCACUCAAGCAACCUAUAUACCGUGCGAGCAGUGACACGAAACCCAGAAUCCUCAAAGGCUCGCGCACUUGCCGCACUAGGCGCAGAAGUGGUACAAGGAGACUUUGACGAUGAGGACUCGAUUCGGCAAGCCCUAGCGGGAGUCCAAAUUCUCUUCCACAACACCGACUUCUGGACAACAAUGUCCGAUGACGCUGAAGCAGCUCAAAGCCUGACUGUCGCCAAGGUCACCGCAGCAGAGCCGAACCUAGAGCAUGUUGUGCUUAGCACUCUGAGCGAUCCUACCACGUUAUUCCAGGGAAAGUAUAUGCACAAUCUUCCGUACAAUGGGAAGUUCAAGGCUGAGAGAAUGAUUAAAAAGGAGUAUCCUGAGUUAUGGGCAAAGACAACCCGACUUCUGGUGGCGCUAUAUCAUUCUAACUGGUUCCUGCCUCCUUUCUCCCCUGUCAAAACAGACAGCGGGCAGCUCGAGCUGCAAAAUCCUUAUUCUCCGAGUUCUCGCAUCCCUUCGGCUUCUCCUGACGACACUGGAGUUGUAGUGGAUGCCAUUAUUAGAGGGGGACAAAAAUAUCACGGGAGGACCGUUUCCAUUUGGUCCGAAUGGAUCAGCGACGAAGAGAAGCUCAAAGUCUGGGGUCAUGUUCUCGGUGUUAAAGCAGCCUUCAAACAAGUUACCCCAAUUGAGUAUCAACAGAGACUUGAAAGCAUCGGCUUCCCUCCAUAUCUAGCACAGGGCUGCUUGGAGCUUUUAUCUAUGCUUGGAGAAGGAGUUAAUUAUGUUACUGGUGGCGAGAUCAUCGAUGCGAGGACGAUCGUUGACCCUUCGUAUCAUUUCAAGACGUGGGAAGAGUACGUCAAGGAGGUUAACUGGACAAGCAUUCUUUGA